CAAGGGGGUAAGUAACGCACACCGUCUGCCAUCUAGGCAUGUCGCGCAUCAGCGUCCGUGAGCAAGCCGACGGCAAGCUGAUCGGAUGGCAACCGUCGACGGAUCCGGCUCACCGCGGCCUGCAGAAGCCUCCACCACGGCGCGUCGCCUCGCUCAACACCGACGGCUCAUGGCAGCUCCCGAGCGUUCCCGCACCAGAGUUCCUCUCCAGAGUGCUCACCGUGCCGCUGGAGAACCCUUCCAUCGAGGGAAUCACGACGCUGGCCAACAACUUUACCCACCUCGCGACUCUGUCCGCCAACUUUUUGUCGUUUGCUGUCUCUGGAGCCUUUUGCGACCGCGCCGCGGUGGGAACGGCGCUCGAGAUCACGCUCGAAGUCGCAGCAGUGAAGAACUGCUGCAAUCUGGGCGUAUUCGCGGUUCAGACAGCACAGCGCCUCGGCUUCUCUCUCUCGGACAUCAAGUCCAAGGAGGUGGUGCUGGACUCGGCUCCCGCCAAACCCGACAUGCCGCUCGCGCGCCAGUUCAUCGGCGUCUCCGACAUGCCGGCCGCUGUGUCGGAGCUAUUCAAUUCGCACUGCCUCGUUCACGUGGGCAUCCUCUCCGGCGGCCGCGUCUGGAACACCUUGAAUUCACACCUGGCAGAAUAUGCCGCGAUCCGCGGCUUCGAUCAGACGCGCGACCUGCAACACGCCUCGCUCACGCACAUGCUGGCACGCAUGCUGUGGCGCCUGCUGGACCGCGAGGAUGACCGCAGGCCGGUGUACCAGGCCCUGUCUCGGGUAUUGAGCUCGAAGAUGUCGCCCAUCGACGCGGCAUGCGUCGGCGCCCAGGCAGGGGCCGACGAGAUGCUGACGAUCACGGCGAACAAAGGCAGCCACUAUGUGCAGGGCCUGUCGAGUAUGGGCGUCCCUCUCGAGCAGGCGCCGAACGAGUCGGAGGUGACCAUACCCCACCGAGCGUUCAGCCGGGUUGUUCGCCUCAAGCAUGCCGAGCGCGACGUCCUCAUUAUCGUCACUACCCUGGAGCCUUUCUUUGGAGAUGGCGGCUUCCAGAUCCAGCCGUCGGUGUCAGACGAGGAGGCGCUGCUGGCCAUGCUCGACAGCGAUGCGGCUGCCGAGGCCCUCUCGGGCGGGGACGAGACCUUCGUCUCGGAGGUGCUCGCCGCUAUGGAGAGCAUGGAGGUCGGCGACAUUCGCCUCGGAGACUCUUGCGACUUGUGACAAUGCGUCGGUGAUGUCAUUCUGCUCCUCCCCCCUUGUCUUGUGUUCAGUCGGUCAGUGUCCGUGUUGUGGAUUCGAGUCGAGGUGCUUAGAGAGAGGAGCGUGUUGCCGUCUAUUUGUGUGUUCGUGCUUGCUCCUGCUAGAUACGGGGUGUGGACCGUGAGUUGACCAGGGGUUGUGCGCCGGGCCCUCCUGCUCGGCUCCAGCCAGUAGACAAGUCUUGUCACUAAGAGAGUAGAAGGAUCUG